AGAGCCUGCUAGAAAAAGGCAUUAAGUGAGGGAGCCCAGAAAACAGCUUUGCAGCAGUUUGGAGCCACAAUCAAUGACAGGACUGUCCUCCGCAGCUUGGUUAACUUUUCUUCCAUACGGUGGCAAUGAACGGCAGUUCAUUCAGCUGUGUUCCUGGACAUGAUCGUCUACCUCAAAAGUCCUCGGAUGCAUCUCCGCUUUCUUGCUGAACGUCCUUUCCUUUCAAGGCCGGUUGGACCCAUCAGGCUAAAAGUAGCGGCCUCCGAUCGACUUUUGAACACCUUUCUAAGCAGGUUGCCAAUGCUGUCUCCAUCACUGGAAGCUCUUGGGGCAGCAAGGCCUUAGCAGGAGAAGACCAAGGAGGAGUCACAAGCGCCAAGAAUCCCACCUUUUCUUAGAGCAAAUCGGACGCCUUCCCUGUUGGAAGCUCAUGGGGCGGUGGAAUCGAUGCCUGGAAAGGAGGAGUGCCCAAGCUGGGGCGAUGUGCUGAGAAAACGGCAUUGAGGCGCCAACCUUAUCCGUGGCCCCUCAGACUGCAGCCCCGAUCCCUCUCCUCUGCUCAGAAGUGCAUUUCCCAAGUGGGGAUCUGCCCCUUUCCUCAAUUCUCGAUCUGGACUCGGUGAAGGUUCGUAAUGAAACUGGCAUGGCCAAGCUCUUGCUAAAAUUCCAAAGAUAUUUUCGGCGGAAACCCAUCCGUUUCUUCACCUUCAUUGCUCUCUACCUGACCGCUGGGAGCUUGGUGUUCCUCCAUGCGGGCUUCAACGGGGAGACGAGAGUCCCGGGGCCUGCCUCUCGAACCAGCAACGAUGCUGCGGAAGGGACAGAACCCCAAUAUUUGGGGACGCUGCAGACGGGCAGGGAAUUUAAAGCAAUGCCAGAGUCUCUGGUGUUUGCCCGAAGGUACGGGGCUUGGUUCAAGAGCCCUCCCAAGGACGCAGCAGGAAGAAGCCGUGGGGAUUACGGGGAGACGUGGAGUCGAGUGCUCAAGGGGAGGAACGUCCACGAGAAAGAGGAAGACAGAGCAAAAUACAUCGGCUGUUAUGUAGACAACACCCACCAGAGAGCCCUCCGUGGAGUGUCCUUCUUUGACUACAAAAAAAUGACAUUGUUCCGUUGCCAGGACAACUGCGCUGAACGGGGCUACCUCUACGCGGGGCUGGAGUUCGGGGCAGAAUGCUACUGUGGACACAAGAUCCUGGCCGUGAACGCCAGCGACAGCGAGUGCAACAUGGAGUGCAAGGGAGAGAAGAGCAGCAUUUGCGGAGGAGUCAACCGGCUGUCCAUCUACCGCUUGGAGCUGGCGCAGGAGUCCACCAGGAGGUACGGCAGUGCCAUAUUCCGCGGGUGCUUCCGCCGGCCAGAGAACGUCUCCUUGGCGUUGCUGGCAAGCAGGCCCAUGAAAAACAUGUCUGUGGACCGAUGCGUUGACCUGUGCACAGGAAAGGAAUACCCUCUCGCAGCUCUGGCUGGCACCUUCUGCCACUGCGGCUUCCCUACCACCCUCUUCUCCUUGCACGAACGGGAAGGCGAGCACCUUUGUGCCCAGAAAUGCAACGGGGAGGAGUUUGAGAGCUGUGGCACCUCAGACUAUUUCAUCGUAUACCAGACCCAAGUGCAAGAUAACCGAUGUAUGGAUAGGAGAUUUCUAACGGCUUGGGCCAAACAGUUGGUCGCCCUUGCCAGCUUUCCUGGAGCAGGCAACACGUGGGCCCGGCAUCUCAUUGAACUGGCCACGGGUUUUUAUACUGGGAGUUAUUAUUUUGAUGGCUCUCUUUAUAAUAAAGGGUUCAAAGGCGAACGGGAUCACUGGCGCAGCGGGCGGACGAUCUGCAUCAAAACUCAUGAGAGUGGGCAAAAGGAAAUUGAGGCGUUUGACUCCGCCAUCCUACUGGUUCGCAACCCCUACAAAGCACUCAUGGCAGAAUUCAACCGGAAGUACGGGGGUCACAUUGGCUUUGCUUCUCACGCCCACUGGAAGGGGAAGGAAUGGCCGGAGUUCGUCAAGAAUUAUGCUCCGUGGUGGGUGACGCACACCCUCGACUGGUUGAAAUAUGGCAAGAAGGUCUUGGUGGUGCAUUUUGAGGACCUCAAGCAAGACCUCUUUGUCCAGCUCAAGAGGAUGGUCAGCCUCCUGGGCAUCGCAGUUCACGAGGACCGCUUGUUGUGUGUCGAGGGACAGAAGGAUGGAAAUUUCAAGCGAUCGGGGCUGAGGAAACUGGAGUAUGACCCUUACACUCCAGAGAUGAAGAAAAUGAUCAAUGGCUACAUCAAAACGGUGGACAUGGCUCUGAAGCUCAGGAACCUCACUGGCGUCCCAAAGACCUAUUAUCCCAGAUGAUGGGCAAUAGUCGGAGCACUGGGUGGAGGAGCUGAUCUGCCUUAGGAGGUGCAAAUUGGCUUCUUCUUGGCCAGUAACUAUUUCCACCCAGUGGGUGGUGUGUUUAUGAAGACUCAUCCUGCUGGUGCUCGCUUUUAAAGAACCCUUUUGCAUGAGCAAAGAGAGUGAUUGCCAUCUUUCGUGGUUGGCUGAAGAUGCUUUGGCCAGCCUGUCCGCAGAAAAUGAGGUCCAUUGAUGGAGGCCUUGCAAAGGGAAAUCUUCGCUGCUGCUGCUGCUGCUGCUACUGCUACUGCUGCUGCUGCUUUUUCUCAAAAGUUUGGUGUCCCUUUCCACCCAAGUGAGAUAGGUCACUCUGCUCUUCUGUAGCUGGUUGCCUUCUUGAACCCAGUUCGAAAUAGGCAACUUGCUUAAAAUCCCAUUGCUUGGUUGCCUUCCUUGGUUCUGCUGGCCCCACUGGAGUCCUCUAUUUUUGAAUCCUGGACACUUGGACCUGGAUUACUCCCAAAGCCCCAUCAAGAUGGACCAGCUGACCAAUGCUUAGCAAUGCUGAAGUGAUAGGGUGAAAUUGAGAUGCACUGGAAGAAGCUGAUAUAUAUAUUUUUAUAGGUGUGGGGAGAAUGUAAAACAUCCCAUAAAUAUAAAAAGGAGCUUUUCAGGAAUUAAAGUCCUGGGCCCCACCAUCUGCUUGUCACAGAGCAAAUUUUUUACUUGCAGGGAUAUUUUAUACCUAA